AUGUUCAUCGCGCUGCUGAAAAAUGUCGCGGGGCCGGACGUGUUGAUGCUCGGCGCGCUCGCGCUCGAGCUCGCGGCUUCGAUCGUGGACCUGGGCGAGGGAUUGAAGGGGUUCAGCAAUAAAGGCUUGCUCACCGUCGCGUGCUUGUUCGUCGUGGCGGCGGGGAUAUCGAACACGGGCGCGCUGGACUAUUACAUGAGCAAAGCCUUGGGGACGCCGAAGAGCGCGGCGGACGCGCAGCUGCGGUUGAUGGUGCCGAUCGCGGUGGUGAGCGCGUUUUUGAAUAAUACGCCGGUGGUGGCGAUCAUGAUACCGAUCGUGCAGAAGUGGUCGCGGAAGUGUAAGAUUUCGUCGGCGCAGUUGUUCAUACCGCUGUCGUUUAGCUCGAUUUUAGGCGGCACGUGCACGCUGAUCGGGACGUCGACGAAUUUGGUCGUCGAUGGCAUGCGACGGGAGCGAUAUCCCAAUGAACGCGCGCUCGGGUUGUUUGAGCUGUCGAAGUUUGGCGUGCCGGUGUUGCUGAGCGGGUUGGCGUACAUGCUCAUCGCGGCGCCGGCAUUGCUGCCGGGCGGCGCGCGAGACGGCAAUCGCGCGGGGGGGCAAGACAUGGAUAUGGACGAUUUAACCUUUGCCAUUCCCAUGCGCGUCGUGAGUGGAGGGGCGUUGGAUGGCAAAACCAUCAGAGGCGUUGAUCUGGCGAACGUGCCGGGUUUAUUUUGCACGGCAAUUCAAUCGAACGCGAGCAGCGAAAUGCGCAUACCGGACGCCGAGACAAUUCUUAAUGGUGAAGAUAUUUUGUGGUUUGCGGGCGAUAUGAACGGUAUGCAGACGCUUCGACGCAUUCCUGGGUUAGUUUCGCAAGAAAAUCAAGUGGAAAAGCUCAAGCACGUCCGUAAAACUGAUCGAAGAUUAGUGCAAGCCGUGAUAUCACAAGGGAGCUCGCUCGUGGGGAGAUGCGUCCGUGACACGCACUUCAGAACGCGUUACGACGCCGUCAUCAUCGCUGUCCAACGCAGUGGAGGGCGUAUACAGGCGAGAAUCGGCGAUAUCGUACUCGAAGCGGGCGACGUUUUGCUCCUGGACACGUCGACGAGUUUUUUGCUUGAUCAUAAGUCGGAUCCGACGUUUGCGCUCAUCUCUGAAAUCGAAGACUCCGCUCCGCCGCAAUUCGACAAGCUUCUUCCUUCUCUCGGCACAGCAGUAGUGAUGAUAGCUGUUUUUGUCGCCGGUGCGCUCGAUCUCUUCGUCGCCGCGUUACUGGCUUCGGGCGUCAUGCUCGCCACGGGAUGUCUGACACAGGAGCAGGCGCGCGCGGCGGUCAAAUGGGACGUCAUUGUCACGAUAGCUGCCGCGUUCGGAAUUUCCGCGGCGAUGGAGCAAAGUGGUGUCGCUGCCGGGAUUGCAUCGACGCUCGUGAGCGCCGGCAACGGCAUGGGUACUGGGAAGCCGGGAAUUCUCGUCGCCGUCUACCUCGCCACAGUUGUGUUGUGCAACAUCGUCGGUAACAACGCCGCCGCCGCGCUCAUGUACCCCAUCGCCGCUGGCGCUGCGGAAAAGCAAGGGAUUGAUAACGUUCAGAUGAGCUACUUGCUCAUGCUUGCCGCUUCGGCAUCGUUCAUGUCUCCAUUUGGUUACCAAACCAACUUGAUGGUGUACGGUCCAGGCGGCUACGUUUUCGCCAAUUUCCUCAAGUUCGGCGCACCGAUGCAAGUAGUUCAGCUGAUCGUCUCUGUUUCUGUUGUUCUACUCGACAGCAAGUGGUGGAUCGGGUGGAUCGUGGGUUUCGGCGCCAUCCUCACGAUUUACCUAACGCGUCUCGUCGUGCCAAUUAUACGCAAACGGCGAGACGCCGCGCGCGGCGGCUCGACCGAUUCGCGGCUCGACCCCAUUCAGGAAGUUCUGUGA